GGCGCGCUCACAGGAAGUCUGGCGGGAGCACGCGUUGUGCGCGGGUUGCGUUCACGUUUCGCUAGCUGGAGAGAGGAACAGCUGGGACUUGGGGUGAGAGACCUGGGGUGCUAGCAGGAGGCGGGCGGCGGGAUCAGCAUAUAAACAACUAACAGUGCAGCUCUUUGCCUACUAACCGGUUCUAGUGGGUGUGUGCCUACUUUGUGUUAACUUGUCAUGGCCAGUGUAUGAGAGUCCUUCAUGUGCAGUAAGCUGCAGGCUGGCUCCUGCCGCUGUGUACACUGACAGCACUGUACACAUCCCAGCUCUCAGUCUGCCUGUCUGUCUGUCUGUGUGUGUCCACUGUUUGUGCUCAGGGCUGUGCUAAACAGGAGCACAUCUGGACACAGCUACUUCCCUGUAGUAAUAAUCUGCUGAUACAGUAUGCAGGGGGACGGAGUUGGAUCCCCAUCUGUUAUCUAAAAGCAACUACAACUCCCAUCAUAGAAGUUAAGGAUGUCAGUGGUUCGUGUGAGUUGGAGUACUACAGCCACAGGGAAUCUGUCUAUAAAACUGAAAUAAUAUACAAAACUUUGUAAUUUGACACCUGUUCUUCACUAACAUGUGAAUUGUUGUGAAAUCAAUCAGGGCCAUUCGCUAAAUGUUGUAUUGUAGCGAAUUAAAAGUGGCAAAAACUUAAGGGAAAAAAUUGUUGAUUUGAAAAUAAACUUAGAAUCCGCUAUAGUUGAGGCUUAAUUUUUACAUUUCAAUCUGCAACAAGUAGGAGCAUAGUCUAUGAAUCAUAAACUGAAAUUGAACGUGAAGUGAAUGAAAGUUUGUUUUAAAGUUUUUUUUUUAAUUUCUUUUCCUUCAGUUAUUUUGGUUGAAUAUUUAAAUCUUGAAUUCGUGGCAAGUUACUUUACCAAAUAAAUGAGUAUAUAGAGUGUAUUAAAAAGUAUAUUUUAAAGAUAACCUUUCAUAUUGCCACAAAAUGAUUUAAACAAAUAACUGAUUGUUUAGUGGGCGUUACCAUUUACCAAUUUAAUUGAACUUAUUUUAGUUGCAUAAUAACUAAUCAGAUUACCACUUUGACUUUAUACUAACCCAUGUGCAUUUUGCAUAUGUUGUGGAUAUGUUGCAUUAUUAUGUUUCUGAGUAUUCACACCUACUGAACAUACCUAAUGACUUUUUUAUAUGUAUGAAUACAAGUAUCCACAUUUCUGCUUGAGGCACUUUAAGGUAUUUAUUUUACUCUGACAAUAGUAACUUCUUCUUUGCAAUGAACCUGUUGCGUUUCGCAACAGGUUUUUGAAGUGUAGCUCCCAUAAGCCAAUAAAAGAUUUGGUUGGCAGAGAAUUAUGACCUUGUAGUUAUUUAGAGCUGAGGUUGUCUCAAAGCCCUAGAUAUGUAUAUUUAUUUUAAGAGAAUGAAAGUACAAAUACUUCCUAAUACUGCAAGCAAAAAUAAUGUUAUUGUAUACUGUGCACUAUAAUUCUAAAACAUGUCUGUUGUAGGAAUAGCCACUAUGCAUCCAUGUAAAAAUGGAUGAUUAUUAACGUAGUAUUGACACACCAUCAAAUGUGUCAUUAGUCUUCAUAUCCCAGCAAUAUGAGCUUCUAGUCAGAAUGUUUUAGUAUUUCCUUCCUUUAGAAUCUAUGCUUCCUGUUUUUUGUAGAAUGAACUCUAGUAUUUACUUUUGCCUUUCAAAACAUAUGUGCAUGAGGCAAAAAAAAUAAAAAAAUAUGCUUGCAUAUAUCCAGAUUUUAUUAUUCCACAUGUAUGAAACUGUUUAGUCUUUGUCUAUUGGUUCCAGUUUCAUACAUUAUACUAAUAUGAAACUAAAAGAGAACACCCUAAAUAGUUUAUUUUAACAUUAUAGGGUUACUUUUAACGUAAGAUUACUGCCCCAUUAUUAACCCCCACCUCCCAACAUGAAAUCAGAGCUGGGACCAAUUUCUUUUUGCAGCCACUCUUCCGAUGGUUUCACCAGUUCUGACAGUUCUGCAAUUUUGUCCCAUGCAAUGUUUCUCAUAGAGAUGCAUCUGGGUUAUAGGGCGAAUGCGUGGUAAUUAUCGGGCUGCACCGUUCCAAUGCUUUUCAUAAAAAAUGUAAUCCAUUGAGUCUGCAUGGGAAGCAUUAGCCUUUAAAGGGACACUAUAGGUACCCAGACCACUUAAGCAUAUUGAAGGGGUCUAGGUGCAGUUUCCCAGGUCCUUUAAUCCUGGCAAGGUAAUUACCUUUGAGGGUUAACUCCACCUUUAGUGGCCAUCUACCAGACAGCCACUAGAGGGACUUCUGGGUCAUUAUGCGACUUUUGGUUGCCCAACUGACGCUGCGUGCAUGUCCUCACGCUAUGCUUGAGGACGUCCAGUGACCUUGGAAAACCACAUAGAAAAGCAUUGUAUAAUGCUUCCCUACAGGGGAAGUCCUAACGCGAGCCUGGCCAUUCCAUCAGCCAGCGGGGGAGGAGCAGAGGUGGAGCCUGAACCAGCGCAGAGGGACAUCAGCGCUGGAAUCAGGUUAGUUACAGAAUGUGUUUUAACCUCUUCUGCACAAUGGGGGUGGGGUUUGACCGAGGGGGGCACUAUAGUUUUUCUUUAAUGGCCUGGUGUUGCUUUAUAGUUUUAUGAUCACUGGUACUUUUCUUUAUCCUUUAGUUUUGUUAAUUAAACAUAACCUUUGAAAUUCAAGUAUCAAUGUGCACAGUCUGCCUAUGUGUGCUAGCAAUGCAUUGUAUACUAAAUAGACAUAAACAUGGCUAUUCACUAAACUCCAAACUGUAGCAAAUGCAACACUGUAUGACAAAAUGCAGACUAAAGAAGCCAAGCUGUGACUAUAACAGAGUUGGGAAAACUGCCAGGCGAGCUGUUAUUGCAUGCUAAAAUUCCAAGAGAAUAGACCCCUAAAUGUUUGCUUUUCUUUUCUUGUUUUCACAAUACCAAUUGUCGUUUUGGUCAUUGGUGACUGCAAACAGUCCAGAGCUUUUAAAAUAAUCCUAUAGAUAUCACUGUUACUUAUGGGUUUGAAAGCAUAAAAAGCUUUGAGGAGAGGAUGGUGGUAUUCAGUAGCUUACUUGGUAUGGUGCUACUAGGAGGAAAAACAUCUGUGUGAAUCACUUGCACAUUGUUGUCCAGUUUCCAAAUAUUGAUAUCAGGAUAUUUUAAAUAGUUCUCAUUAAUUUAUACAUUCUAUUACAUUAUGAGUGGUAAGUUUUCUUUGCUUGAAAAUGUUCAGUCUCCAUGAUUAACGCAACAUUCACCAAAACUGUCUGUGUUGUGGUAAUUAUUUAAAAUGAUAAGCAAAUUCCACGUUAUGGAUAAGGCAGAGGAAAGUCAGAUACUGUAAUUAGAGCAUCAGAAAAGGCUGAUCGGAUACUUGGUUAGUAUAAGAAAAUGUAUGUGUAGUUUUUUAAUUGUUCAAGAUUAUACCCACUCAGAUUGUAAGCUUUCAUAUUUCUUGAAGAAUAAUUUUAGCGCCAAUAUAUUCAUGAAAAAAGUAUUUGGCAACACUGAAGGUGUGAAUGUCAUUUGUCCGACUUGCAAAGUUUUGACACCCACAUGAUUAUUCACUCAAGUGCCUGAGUUGUUAAAUUGAAAGUAUAGCUAACGUAGAGAAUUUUUCCAGUUUGGCUUUUUUUUUUUUUCUCAUUUAAUUUGAAAUUCACUUUGCGUUCUCACUUUACUAAAUAACCCUGAUAGUGUCUUUGUCAAGCCUAUUCAACGUCACUGGUUUUGCUCAGUCUUCUCUUAUAUAUUGUGGCAGAGUGACCACAGAACAUGAGUCCUCAGCCCACAUGACUUGAUCUGAGUAAUUUGGUAUUUCCCGAUUGCCAUGUAUUACUGUUGGAAUUAACAGAUUUUGCAAAAUAUACUGGUAUGUCUGUUUAUAUUGAAAUAGUAUUUUCAGCACAAUAGUUUCUUCAUAUCACCAAUACAAGCUGGUUUUCUAAGGUUGAUAUUUAAUUUUAGGAAUGCUCUUGCAAUUAGAGAAAAUAUCUUCUACAUACAGAUAAAGAAAUUGCACUUCCUUGACAUGCAAAACCAAACCACAUAUCUCUGGGUAAAAAAAUUGCUAAUCUGUCUUUUCAGAAAUUGUCAGCAAAUUCCAUACGUACAAAUCAUACAGUGCGAGAAUACUGAGGAAAAUAUUCCGAUGUUUCCAACUUCCUGAAUAGUGCAUAUUUAAAUGAACAUUACAUUUUAACAUCAACAUAUUGGGAGAUUGUGGUUUCUGAGAUUGCUCACACAAAUACCAUCAAAUUCAUCAAUUUAAAUGCUGUUUCAGUAUUGCUUUAGUUUUGACGGUCUGUGGUUGUUGAGCUGAGCAUACCUACCUAAUGCUUGUUGUGCAAUAUUUGAGAUGGUUGGCGCACUUGCCAGCAAUAUUUUGUUUUGUAAAGCAAGACGCAUUUUCCCUACUAUGGCCCCACCUAGAAUACUAGAAGCGGGGUAUUCUGCCAGUAUAGAAAGCCCAGUUCAGAGGAAAAGGGAGUCUACAUUCUUGAGCAAAUAACUUGCUAUAUCUCCAUAUCAGUAUUACAACUCUCUUGCUUUCAUUCUUAACACAUUGCAUUCACAGUUUAGCACAUCAACUGUGCUAAUAAAAGCAGUGAAUAAAAAAAUAAAUACUAAAUUAGUACAUGGCCUGAAAAAGUGUUUAAUCAUUUACAGGAAACAUGUGCCUACAGGUGGAGCAAUGACUUUCUAUGCAUAAGGACUGAUUUUCGUUUGUAUCAUACCAUUAGUCUAAAAACUGCACUGUAUGGGCUGUCCCUUUCCGUAAACACAGAGAUAAUCUCAUUUUAUUCUAGAACUAGUCACGAAGCAAAACAGAUGUUGCAACAAGAUAUAUAAUUAAAUCAGUUCUUGCAGGUUUGCACAAUGUAGCGUGAAUAUUUCUAUUUUCUUCCUUACCACUUUGGAUUUCAUUUUAGAUGUCAGAGCAAUUUAUAGAGUGUUAGGUUCCCAAAAUAAAGGUAAUUUAUUGACGCAUUAACCAUACGUUUCUGGCUUUGUACUUUUUUUUUUUUUUUUUUAAUGCAUUCUGUAACUUUCUUUUCUUAAUUAAAGGAACACUAUAACAUUAGGAAUAGAAAUGUAUGAUUAACCCCUUUCCGACCUUGGACGUACCAGGUACGCAAAUAGAAACUUACCUGAUAGCUGGCGAUCGCGAUCCUGGGGUCUGCCUGGUAGCUCAGGCAGACCCCCACUGCCCGAGCCGGCCCUUCCUUGUCAUGUGAUCUCAGAAGGGAGCCUCGCGAUCACAUGGCCGGAAUAGCCAGUUUGUGCAGUGCCUGCAGGGGGCCUGCCUGAGCUCUCAUGUAUAUUAAAAAUACACUUGGAAUAACGUUAUUUUUAUAUAUAUAUAUAUAUAUUUAUACACAGUUGCAAGAAAAAGUAUGUGAACCCUUUGGAAUGAUAUGGAUUUCUGCACAAAUUGGUCAUAAAAUGGGAUCCGAUCAUCAUCUAAGUCACAACAAUAGACAAUCACAGUCUGCCUAAACUAAUAACACAAAAAGAAUGAAAUGUUGCCAUGUUUUUAUUGAACACAUCAUGUAAACAUUCACAGUGCAGGUGGGAAAAGUAUGUGAACCCCCAGACUAAUGAUAUUUCCAAGAGCUAAUCGGAGUGAGAUGUCAGCCAACUGGAGUCCAGUCAAUGAGAUGAGAUUGGAGGUGUUGGUUACAGCUGCCCUGCCCUGCCCUAUAAAAAACACACACUAGUUCUGGGUUUGCUUUUCACAAGAAGCAUUGCCUGAUGGUGAAUGAUGCCUCGCACAAAAGAGCUCUCAGAAGACCUACGAUUAAGAAUUGUUGACUUGCAUAAAGCUUGAAAGGGUUAUAAAAGUAUCUCCAAAAGCCUUGCUGUUCAUCAGUCCACGGUAAUUGUCUAUAAAUGGAGAAAGUUCAGCACUGCUGCUAUUCUCCCUAGGAGUAGCCGUCCUGUAAAGAUGACUGCAAGAGCACUGCGCAGACUGCUCAAUGAGGUGAAGAAGAAUCCUAGAGUGUCAGCUAAAGACUUACAAAAGUCACUGGCAAAUGCUAACAUCCCUGUUAGCCAAUCUACAAUACGUAAAACACUAAACAAGAAUGGAUUUCAUGGGAGGAUACCACAGAGGAAGCCACUGCUGUCCAAACAAAACAUUGCUGCACGUUUACAGUUUGCACAAGAGCACCUGGAUGUUCCACAGCAGUACUGGCAAAAUAUUCUGUGGACAGAUGAAACAAAAGUUGAGUUGUUUGGAACAAACACACACUAUAUGUGGCGAAAAAAAGGCACAGCACACCAACAUCAAAACCUCAUCCCAACUGUGAAGUAUGUUGGUGGGGGCAUCAUGGUUUGGGGCUGCUUUGCUGCAUCAGGGCCUGGACGGAUUGCUAUCAUCGAAGGAAAAAUGAAUUCCCAAGUUUAUCAAGACAUUUUGCAGGAGAACUUAAGGCCAUCUGUCUACCAGCUGAAGCUCAACAGAAGAUGGAUGUUGCAACAGGACAAUGACCCAAAGCAUAAAAGUAAAUCAACAACAGAAUGGCUUAAACAGAAGAAAAUACGCCUUCUGAAGUGGCCCAGUCAGAGUCCUGACCUCAACCGAUUGAGAUGCUGUGGCAUGACCUCAAGAAAGCGAUUCACACCAGACAUCCCAAGAAUAUUGCUGAACUGAAACAGUUCUGUAAAGAGGAAUGGUCCAGAAUUACUCCUGACCGUUGUGCACGUCUGAUCUGCAACUACAGGAAACGUUUGGUUGAAGUUAUUGCUGCCAAAGGAGGUUCAACCAGUUAAGUCCAAGGGUUCACAUACUUUUUCCACCGGCACUGUGAAUGUUGCCAUGUUUUUAUUGAACACACCAUGUAAACAUUUCACUCUUUGUGUGUUAUUAGUUUAACCCCUUAAGGACAGAGCCAAAUGUACACGUUGUGAACGAAACAAAAUGUAAACAAAACCUGGCAUUUGCGCUACAUGUCUGUCCAACCGUAAUACACCUCUUUCAUAGUAAAUGCACCCACCCUUAUUAUAUAUCAUUUUAUUCAGGGGAAACAGGGCUUUCAUUUAAUAUCAAAUAUUUAGCUAUGAAACAUAAUUUAAUCUGAAAAAAAUGGGAGAAAAUAAGAAUUUUGUUUUUAAAAUUUUUUUGAGUUCUACAUGACAUUUUAACGGUCAAUGUCAUAAUACUGUUUGCUUUUACUGCAAUAAAAUACUCAUAUUUGUAUUCAGCAAAGUCUCACGUGUAAAACAGUACCCCCUAUGUACAGGUUUUAUGGCGUUUUGGGAAGUUACAGGGUCAAAUAUAGCAUGUUACAUUUGAAAUUGAAAUUCGCCAGAUUGGUUACGUUGCCUUUGGGACUUUAUAGUAGUCCAGGAAUGAAAUUUACACCCAUAAUGGCAUACCAUUUGCAAUAGUAGACAACCCAAGGUAUUGCAAAUGGGGUAUAUCCAGUCUUUUUUAGUAGCCAUUUGGUCACAAACACUGGCCAAAGCUAGCGUUAGUAUUUGUUUGUGUGAAAAAUGCAAAAAACGCCAAUUUUGGCCAGUGUUUGUGACUAAGUGGCUACUAAAAAAGACUGGACAUACCCCGUUUGCAAUAUCUUGGGUUGUCUACUAUUGCAAAUGGUAUGCCAUCAUAGGGGUAAUUUUCAUUCUUGGGAUACCAUAGGGUCUCAAAGGCAACGUACCCAAUCUGGCAAAUUUUAAUGUGAAAAAAAUGAAACACAAGCCUUAUAUUUGAUGCUGUAACUUUUUAAAACACCAUAAAACCUGUACAUGAGGGGUACUGUUGUACUCGGGAGACUUCGCUGAACACAAAUAUUUGUGUUUCAAAACAGUAAAAGUAUCACAACAAUAAUAUAGAAUCCGUGUAAGUGCUGUUUGUGUGUGAAAAUGCAAAAAAAACUUCACUUUACUGGCCGAUAGAUUUGUAAUACAUUUUACUGUUUUUGAAACACUAAUAUUUGUGUUCAGUGAAGUCCCCGAGUAGAACAGUACCCCCCAUGUACAGGUUUUAUGGUAUCUUGGAAAGUUAUAGGGUUAAAUACAGUGCUAGCAAAUUAAAUUCCCUUUACUUUCGGCAUGGGUUGUCAGGCAGGUCCCGCUAAUUGUAAUUAAGAUACCCAAUUAUGUAAAAAUAUUACAUAAAUAUAUAUGUAGAAUUAAUAUAUGUGUGUGUGUGUGUGUAUGUAUAUGUGUGUGUAUGUGUAUAUAUAUAUAUAUAUAUAUAUAUAUAUACGUAUAUAUGUAUGUGAAUAUAUAUGUAUUUAUAUAUAUGUGUGUGUGUGUGUGUGUGUGUGUGUGUAUAUAUAAAUUUUUUUAAAAAUAUUUUUAUUUAUAUAUAGGUAUAUAUAUAGUGAUAUAUACGUAUAUAUUUAUGUAUAUAGAUAUAUAUAUAUGUAUUUUGUUCUACGUGUAUUUUGAUAUAAAUAUAUAUAUAUUAUCACAAUACACUUAGAACGAAAUAACACACAUCUAUAUAUUUUUUUAUUAUUUUUUUAUUUUAUUUUUUAACGUAUUUACAUAUUGAAUUUUUUUAUAUUAUAUAUAAAUAUAUAUAACAAUAAUUAUAUAUAUAUAUAUUUAAUCAGUAUCAGUCUACGUGUAAUUUGAUAUUAAUAUAUAUAUUAAUAGUAAAAUACACCUAGACAUUGUAUGUGUGUGUAUGUAUAUGUGUGUAUAUAUAUAUAUAUAUACUUAGAUCAUAUAUAUAUAUAUGAUCUAAGUAUAUAUUAUUUUUUUUACACUAUUUAAUUUAUUUUAAUUUUAUUUCUAGCCAGCGAGGGGACCACCUGUCAUUACAGGCAGCCCCCUUGCUGGCAAUGCUGCAGCCAGCUAUCCUGGCCAUGUGAUUGUGAGGUCCUCGCAAGUUUCAAUGUAACUUGAAAAAAAAUUUUUUUUUGAAAAUAGUGCUACUCGUACUUAUUGUCCCAUAACUUGCAAAAAAGCUAAGAACAUGUUAACAUUGGGUAUUUCUAAACUCAGGACAAAAUUUAGAAACUAUUUAGCAUGGGUGUUUUUUGGCGGUUGUAGAUGCGUAACAGAUUUUGAGGGUCAAAGUUAGAAAAAGGUUUUUUUUGUUUUUUUUAAACAAUUGUCAUCAUAUUUGAUUUUUUUAUAGUGAAUUAUAUGAUAUGAUGAAAAUAAUGAUAUCUUUAGAAAGACCAUUUAAUGGCGAUAAAAAUGGUAUUUCAUAUGUGUGGGUACAGUAAAUGAGUAAGAGGAAAAUUACAGCUAAACACAAACUCUGCAGAAAUGUAAAAACAGCCCUGGUUGCAAACUGUAAGAAAAUUGAAAAGCAGCCUGGUCACUAAGGGGUUAAUGAAACACACAUUCGGCACUUUCAUGCUGAGCCUAGUAAGUCCCUCUAGUGGCUGUUGGAGUGACAACUGCUAGUGGUGGUCUUAACCCCUUAAAACCGGAGGGUGUACCAUUACGCCUUAAUCUAAGUGGCUCUAAACGCCGCAGGGCGUAAUAGUACUCCCUCCGGUUUUUCUUACUUACCCGGUCACCGGCGAUCAAGCAAGUUAGAGACUCACCUUGGGAUCCCAUAGGAGUCCCCUCACAUGAACCUGCCUCUAAAUUCCACCAAGUAAAUCACAUGGCCGAGUUAGCUGGCUGCUGUAAUGACAGUUAGUCCCCCUGCUGGCUGGAAAUCAAAUCAAAUAAUGUUAAAAUCCGUGUAAAAAAAUUUAAAAAAUAUAUACUUAGAAUAUAUAUAUAUAUAUAUACACACUCAUACACUGUCUAGGUGUAUUUUACUAUUAAUAUAUAAUUAUAUAUAAUCAAAUUACACAUAGACUGAUACUGAUUAAAUAUAUAUAUAAUUGUUAUAUAUAUAUAUAUAUAUAUAUAUAUAUAAUAUAAAAAAGUAAAUACGUUAAAUAAAAUUAAAAAUAAUUAAAAAAUAUAUAGAUGUGUUUCUAACUGUAUUGUGAUAUUAAUAUAUAUAUUUCUAUCAAAAUACACGUAGAACAAAAUAAUAUAUAUAUCUAUAUACAUAAAUAUAUACGUAUAUAUCACUAUAUAUACCUAUAUAAAAAUAUUUUUUAAACAUUAUAUAUGUACACAUACGUGUAUAAAUAUACAUAUAUUAAUUCUACAUAUAUAUUUAUGUAAUAUUUUUACAUAAUUAGGUAUUUUAAUUAAUUACAAUUAGCGGGACCUGUCUGACAACCCAUGCCAAAAGUAAAGGGAAUUUAAUUUGCUAGCACGAUAUUUAACCCUAUAACUUUCCAAGACCCCAUAAAACCUGUACAUUUACUGUUUUGAAACACAAAUAUUUGUGUUCAGAAAAGUCUCCCGAGUACAACAGUACCCCUCAUGUACAGGUUUUAUGGUGUUUUCAAAAGUUACAGCGUCAAAUAUAAGGCUUGUGUUUCAUUUUUUUCACAUUAAAAUUCGCCAGAUUGGUUGCGUUGCCUUUGAGACCCUAUGGUAGCCCAAGAAUGGUUAGCCUUUGAAGUGAUGUAGAAGAAUAUUUGUAUUAGAUAACCUGUAUUGCAAUGUAUGUCUGAGUCUUUUUCAGAAGCCACUUAGUCACAAAACACUGGCCAAAAUUACGCUUUUUUGUAUUUUUCACACAAACAAAUACUAACGCUAACUUUGGCCAGUGUUUGUGACUCAAGUGGCUACGAAAAAAGACUGGACAUACCCCAUUUGCAAUACCUUGGGUUGUCUACUAUUGCAAAUGGUAUGCCAUCAUAGGGGUAAUUUUCAUGUACAUGAGGGGCACUGUUUUACACGUGAGAAUUUGCUGAAUACAAAUAUGUGUAUUUUAUUGCAGUAAAUUCAAAUAGUAUUAUGACAUUUACAGUUAAAAUGUCAUGUAGAACUAAAAAAAUAACAUUUCUUAUUUUCUCCCAUUUUAUUCAUAUUAAAUUAUGUUUCAUAGCUAAAUAUUUGAUAUUAAAUGAAAGCCUUGUUUCCCCUGAAUAAAAUGACAUAUAAUAAGGGUGGGUGCAUUUAAUAUGAAAGAGGUGAAUUACGGUUGGACAGACAUGUAGCGCAAAUGCCAGGUUUUGUUUACGUUUUGUUUUGUUCACAACGUGUACAUUUGGCUCAGUCCUUAAGGGGUUAACCCCUUAAGACCGGAGGGCGUACAAUUACGCCCUAUUUUAGGCGGCUCUAAACGCCGCCGGGCGUAAUUGUACGCCCUCCGGUCUUUCUUUACAUACCCGGUCGCCGGCGGUCCCACGCCGGCGCUCGCGGUGGGGGGGACUCCCAGGGAGCCCCCCCGCAGCAGAUCCUCCUCCUCCGGUGCCCCCCGGCCAUGUGAGAGUGAGGUCCUUGCGAGGACCUCACAAUCACAUGGCCAGGUGGGCUGCCUGUAAUGACAGGUGGUCCCGCUGCUGGCUGAAAAUAAAAAUAAAAUAAAAUAAUUAAGUGUAAAAAAAAUAUAUAUAUACUUAGAUCAUAUAUAUAUAUAUGAUCUAAGUAUAUAUACAUACACAUAUACAUACACACACAUACACUGUCUAGGUGUAUUUUACUAUUAAUAUAUAUAUAUAUAAUUGUAAUAUAUAUAUAUAUAUAUAUAUAUAUAUAUAUAUAUAUAUAUAUAUAUAUAUAUAUAUAUAUAUAUAUAUAUAUAUAUAUAUAUGUUAUAUUUUUAAUAUAUAUAUAUAUAUAUAUAUAUAUAUAUAUAUAUUAAUACCAAAUACACGUGACUGGAUACUGAUUAAAUAUAUGGCGAAUGUUACAGUAAGGAAUUUCAUUCCUGGGCUACUAUAAAGUCCCAAAGGCAACGUAACCAAUCUGGCGAAUUUCAAUUUCAAAUGUAACGUGCUAUAUUUGACCCUGUAAUUUCCCAAAACGCCAUAAAAUCUGUACAUAGGGGGUAUUGUUUUACAUGUGAGACUUUGCUGAAUACAAAUAUGUGUAUAUGUAGAAAUAUAUGUACAGUAAAAGCAAACAGUAUUAUAACAUUGACAGUUAAAAUGUCAUGUAGAACUAAAAAAAUCAAAAGAAAUCUUAUUUUCUCCCAUUUUUUUCAGAUUAAAUUAUGUUUCAUAGCUAAAUAUUUGAUAUUAAAUGAAAGCCCUGUUUCCCCUGAAUAAAAUGAUAUAUAAUAAGGGUGGGUGCAUUUACUAUGAAAAAGGUGAAUUACGGUUGGACAGACAUGUAGCGCAAAUACCAGGUUUUGUUUACAUUUUGUUUCAUUCACAACGUGUACAUUUGGCUCCGUCCUUAAGGGGUUAAGAAUGCUAACCUUUAUUCCUACCCUCCCCCAUUUGCCAUAAAAAAUAAGAAAAUCUAAGUUUUUACAUUUUCUAGCCCUGAUGCUCCUUUGGCCUCCUGCAACAUCAAGGAGGAGUUAUGGCCUCCUGGCGUGGUCAAAUCUCAUAGAGGAGCACUGGGAACCUAAUGUACAUGCAAGCGCCAUGUUAGUUCAAUGUGUCCCUAUGGGCUUCUACAUCACGUGACAGAGUUUUACUUUGUCUGUACUGCGGAAAUGCCUCUAAUGGCUGUCAGUAUGACAGCCACUAGAGGUUGACUUAACUCUGCAAUGUAAGCCUUGCAGUUUCAAUAAAUGACUGUACUGUCUUACAUUGUAGGAUUAAAAAGACAGGUACACUGCACCCCCCGUUAUUGGAUUAUAUUGUCCCUUUAAUGUGGUAACUUUAGUGGCAUUCACAAUUCUUGCUAUUUUACCCAUUUCAGGAAGUUUGGCCAGUAUCUAUUAAUUUGGUUUUAGGAGUAGCUGAAUUUUUUAUUUUUAAAUACAUAUAUAUAUAUAUAUAUAUAUAUAUAUAUAUAUAUAUAUAUAUAUAUAUAUAUAUAUUAUACACAGACAGACACACACACUUUAUUACUCAAACACCAGAGAUGAAGAGGAGAAAAAAAAAAGUGUGCACAUAUUUAUUAAAAUAAUAUAUAAUAAAUACAUGCACACAUUAUUCUGUGUUUGACUUUAGGACAAAUAAACAUUUCACUUUUGAAGACAGAGUACAUAACCUUAAUGUUAUAGUCUGCAUUUCUGCCAGUAUUCUACAUAUUGUCUUAACCACUAUAUUCACUCAGACCACUUCAGCUCAAUGAAGUGGUCUGGGUUAGGGAUCGACCGAUAUUGAUUUUUUUAGAGCCGAUACCGAUAAUCUGCGAACUUUCAGGCCGAUAGCCGAUAUCUUGCCGAUAUUCUGUACAUUUAAUAUUUUGAAUAAAUAAACUAAUUCGAAAGGUAAAUGCACAAAAUAUACAUGCCACAUGUAGUGGAUGAAGUGUUUUUAGACAGGGGAACUGUGUGUGUAGUGGAUGCAGAGUGUGUGUGUAUAAUGAAUGUAGUGUGUAUAUAAUGGAGUGUGUUUAUGUAUUGUGUGUGUAUAAUGCAGUGUGUUUUUGUGUGUGUAUGUAAUGCAGUGUGUGUGUUUGUAGUGUGUAUGUGUAUGUAUGUAAUGCAGUGUGUGUUUGUGUAGUGUGUAUGUAAUGCAGUGUGUGUGUGUAUGUAAUGCAGUGUGUGUGCAGUGUAGUGUGUGCAGUGUGUGUGUCUGUAAUGCAGUAUGUGUGCAGUGUGUGUUUGUGGUGUGUGUGUAUGUAAUGCAGUGUGUGUGUGUCUGUGUAGUGUGUGUAUGUAAUGCAGUGUGUGUGUGUCUGUGUAGUUUGUGUAUGUAAUGCAGUGUGUGUAUGUAAUGCAGUGUGUGUGUGUCUGUGUAGUGUGUGUAUGUAAUGCAGUGUGUGUGUGUGUCUGUGUAGUGUGUGUAUGUAAUGCAGUGUGUGUGUGUCUGUGUAGUGUGUAUGUAAUGCAGUAUGUGUGCAGUGUGUUUGUGUGUGUGUAGUGAUGUAAUUUGUGUAAUUUUUUAUUUUAAUAUUUAAAUGUUUUUUUUGUUUAGUCCCCCCCCCAGAGUGUGUUUGUGUAGAGUGUGUUUGUGUAGAGUGUGUUUGUGUGGAGUGUGUUUGUGUGGAGUGUGUUUGUGUAGUGUGUGUUUGGGUGUGUGUGUAGUGAUGUAAUUUGUGUAAUUUUUUAUUUUAAUAUUUUUUUUAAUAUUUAAAAAUGUUUUUAUUUUUUGUUUAGUCCCCCCUCCCUGCUUCUUACCAGGGAGGGGGAUAUAGUAUUCCCUGGUGGUCCAGUGGCUUGUUAAGUACAGUGGUGGCUCAGCAGCAGCAAGCGCUGACCUACCUUGCAAGCAGCUCCUACAGCGCUCUGUGUAAAUCUCGCGGCUCUUAGUGCCGAGCGGAGCGUUGCCAUGGUAACCCGUGGCAACGCUCUGCGGCCGCGGGUCUCGCGAGAUUUACACAGAGCGCUGUAGGAGCUGCAUGCAAGGUAAGUCAGCGCUUGCUGCUGGCCCCCACAGGACCGCCGGGCUUGUAAUGGGCACGGCGGUCCUGUAAUAUAUUAUCGGCAAUAUCGGUAUCUGAAUUGGCCGAUACCGAUAUUGCCGAAAAUACCAAAUAUCGGCCGAUAAUAUCGGCCAGACCGAUAAUCGGUCGAUCCCUAGUCUGGGUGCCAGGUCCCCCAGGUUUUAACCCUGCAGCUGUAAACAUAGCAGUUUCAGAAAAAUUGCUAUGUUUACAUUCCGGGGUUAAUCCAGCCUCUUGUGGCUGUCUUCCUGACAGCCGCUAGAGGCGCUUCUGUGACACUCCAUGCAAAAUUUGCAUUGCGCACACAGAACUUCUCAAUGCUUUCCUAUGGGCGUUUUUAAUGCGUUUGCAUUCGGCUCAACUCGGGAGCUGACGUCGGAGGGGGAGGACAGUGCCGAGGGAGGGGGCCCUGAGGGUGGGGGGACCCUAAGGAUUAUAUAGUGUCAGGAAAACAAGCUUGUUUUCCUGACACUGUAGUAAUUCUUUAAGUAUUGAGGUUUUUUUUUUCUCCUCUUCAUCUCUGGUGUUUGAGUAAUAAAAUAUUUGUGGUGUCCAUGCUACUCAGAAGUAAUAAAUUAAACACUCUGCUUACCAUGGGCUGGAGCAGAUCACAAAUAUACUUUAAAAUACUUUUAUACUUUUCUUACUGACAAAAAAAAAAAGAUAACUGCAUGGCCAUGGUUCACAUACCAUACUGUAUUUUUUGUUUUGUUUUUUGAACUGUAGAUACAUUUAUCAUCUCUUCUGUUCAAAAAAGUGUUCUUAAAAAAAAUAAAAAUUUCAGAUAUGAUUAUUUUCCUUUGUCUUAAAAAAAAGAAAAAAAGAAAAUAUGCUGAUUAUGGAUCAGAGUUUCAAGCCUAGCUUUGGUGGAGUGUACUAAAAGUUUGCCGUGUUAGGGAUACGCUUUGUGCUAUAGUCCUGGAUUUGUUCAACUAAGAACACUCACUCUUGUAGCAAAUUACACCUGUUGGACACUAGUGGACAUAACCAGUUUCUAAAGCGGAUUUCUUACUUGAAUAAGAAUUAUGGUACAUGUUGCAGAUAUACGUGUUAAUGCCAUGUGUAAACUACAAGCUCUGUAACAACUGUUUACUUUACUUUGGACGACUUUAUUGGUAUGUCCUGUAAAAAUACUUUUUAAUAUUUCAUUUACCACGUAUGCGGACUGUUCAUGAACAGGUAAUGGAAAUGGCCACUCUUUAACCCCUUAAAGACACGACAUGUGUGACAUGUCAUGAUCCCCUUUUAUUCCAGAAGUUUGGUCCUUAAGGGGUUAAACAUCAGACUUCUCAUCAUUUCGAGAAGACCAUGAGACAGUAAUUACUACAUACUGUUCUUUCUAGAGUGUAUUUAAGCCAUGAAGCUGCUCUUCUUUGCUUAUACCAUGUUUCUUCCUAAAAACAAAAAAUAUUUUAGUUUUUAAAAUCCACAAGUUCAAACACAUUCCUUUCUUAUAUUUCAAGUAUGCUCUCUAACCAGUUUAAAACCAGUGUGUUUUAGCCCACAACAGUGAAUGCUGCAAACACUUCAGGGCUUUAAUAGUAGGCACCCAACUCCUGAUUUUAUGUCAGACUAUUAGGAAGCGUGAAUGGUUUGACAAAAAAGUACUCUUUAUUGCAACCAGAGACUCUCUGCUCCUCAGCCACAUUUUAGCCACAGAUUUACACUUUUUCAUUAUCAAUGGCAAUCUUGUUCCACUCUCAGGCAAUCUUCUACAUCUAGGUUGAUGACAACUGAAAUUGAUAAUGUCCUCUAGUGUUACAUGAAUUAUAAUUGUAUUUAUAAUGGACUCAAUCUCUUUUGUGGUGAGGAUGCUUUUACAAUCACUCAUGGUGACGGUGAGUGUGUACAGGGCUGGAGCAGUUGUAGGUGGCCUGUGGAAUAGCUGGUUCUGCUGUGUGAAGGCCACGCAAUAAAUGCCUAGAAUAACAGCCUGGCCACAACUGAACAAAGCUGUCAGCGAUUAAGCACAUUUCUGUCUUGAACAGACGCAGACUCACCCUUGAUGUCCUUGUUAUUCAGCCGAGAUUGGGACUUUUAUAGAACUCUAUUUCGGCCGGUAUUUUACAAGUCCGUUUUUAACAUAAUACACUUCCUCUUUUAGAGAGUAGGUAUCACAGUUUGAGCAUUGGGUGGGAUUUUGGAUAAGCAUUACCAACAGUUGUUUUUAAUUUACAUCAUACUUCAAUCUGAGAUAUAAUCACUACAUCACACUCUGUUUAUUCUUUCAUCACUGCAUCAUGCUGUCUAAUAUAUCUUUGUUAAACAGACUAAAUCUGGAAAAAUCCGUGCUACUGCAAACAGCAGCAGUUCCAGAGCUAUGCAUCCUGAAGCAAUGAGAGUUGACCUUCUUUUUUUGUCUUCUUAAACUGGUUCAACCUUAUAUGUGCUACUGUUGUCAUCUAGUUUUCUGUAAGAGAUGUAAAUUAUCUUGAUUGCUGUCUUGACCAUUAUUAUUAUUAUUAUUAUUAUUAUUGGCGUUUAUAUAGCGCCCACAUAUUCCGCAACAUGUUACAAUAUUAUAAAGGGGUAAAUUUAACAAUAAAUGAGUCAAUUACAUAAUGUUACAGGAAUAAUAGGUAGAUGACGACCCUGCUCAGACGAGCUUACAGUCUAGACCAGUGAUGGCGAACCUUUUUGAGCCAGAGUGCUCAAACCGCAAAACAUGACACUGAGUACACACAGUCCGCUGCAUACACACAAACAGACUGCUGAAUACGUGCACACAGUUCGCUGAAUACACACAUAAACUGCUGAAGACUGCUGAAUACACACACUUUGAAUACACAUACAUACAGACAGACUGCUGAAUACAUACACACAAUCUGCUGAAUGCACACACACACAGUCUGCUGAAUACAUACAGACUGCUGAACACAUACUGUGUUGAGGGGUGCGGUGUGUGUGUGUGUGUAUGAGGGGUGCUGUGUGUAAGAAGGGCCUGGGGGGGCUGCAGGUAGCAAUUAAAAAAAGAGAUUUUUUUUUAAUCCUAUACAUUAUUAAAAUCUUUAUCCCCUCCCUUCCUUCUUCUUACCUUUUAAUGAAGGAGGAGGGGACACAGCCAGCCCUGGUGGUCCAGUGGUGGUAAGUUCUCUGUAGGUUCUGGCUUCAGCUCUCCUGUCCUCUCAUGCGCAGAAUGCUGUGUGGAGCAUUUCCAUGGUAACGUGGUGCAACGCCCCACACAGCCUGCUCGCUGGUGAAGUGAUUCGCUUCCCAGAUCCGUCCCACUGCCUCCGGGUCGUCCCAAUACGAAAGCAGAGUAGGCGCUUGCCAUUUUGGGCAUGGAGAUGCCUACUCUGCAUUGCUGUCGACCGGCGACAGCAGCCCUCUCUCCCCGGCGACCUAUGGCUGCGUGCCCACAGAGCUGGCUUGGCAUGCCACGUGCCAUAGGUUCACCAUCACUGGUCCAGACAAAAAAAGCAUUCAGUCGUGGUCAGGAGUUUUUGGAUGAAGGGUGUUUAAAAUGUGACCCCCAACUCGGGCAUAAGAAACUAUACUGAUUCCCGACCAAUGUGUUACUUAUUUAUCCUAUACAUGUGUCAAAUGGUUGCGCGCAGUAUUUUUGUGAUUCAGUCCUGACAAUAGUAUGCAUCUGUGAUGUGUUAGAGGUGGUGACCAGCAGAUGCCUUUUAGUGCAUAGGCAGAGAUCAGGCUUAGAGCAGACCGAGAGCCCCCAUAGCUGGCUGUGGAUCUGCCAGCAGGGAGACUGUCUGGGCUGUCAGACAGUCCCCCUGCUGGUGGGUAGUGUAAUAAUAAUAAAACAUGUUUAACCCCUUAGCGACCCAGGACGGUUCAGGACCGUCAUCUGCAUUUUUGCCUUGAGGACCGAUGACGGUCCUGAACCGUCCUAACGGUUUCCGUUACUUACCUGAUCGCCGUCGUUCCCCCGGCGGCGAUCAGCGUGGCUCCGGUUGUGGGGAGACUGCCUGCAGCCCAGACAGUCUCCCCACACUGAAUUAGGACCCCUGUGGCCAUGUGAUCGCUCAACACAGCGAUCACAUGGUCACAAUAGGUGUCCAUGUGUCUGCCUGCAGGGGGACUGCCUGUGCUGACAGGCAGUCUCCCUGCUAGUGUAAAAUCAGAAAAAAAAAUAAAGUUAGUGUUAAUAAAAAAAAAUAAAUAAUUAUAUAUGUGUAUAUAUGAUAUAUAGACAUAUAUUAUAUCUAUAUAAUAUAUGUCUAUAUAUCAUAUAUAUAUAAUGUCAUACUAAGUGUAUUUUUAUAUUAAUAUGUACUUAUAUUAAUAUAAAAAUACACUUAUAAUUAAAUUACACACGUAUAUAUAUAAUAUAUAUAAUAACUAUAUAUAUUGUAUAUAUAUAUUAUUAUAAAAUAUAAAUAAUAGUAAUUUAAAUUAAAUAAAAAAUUUUUAAAAUAAUAAAAAAAUUAAAAAAAAUUAUAUCUAUAUGAAAUUUUAUUCUAACUGUAUUUUAAAAUUAAUAUAUAUAUAUUUAUAUCAAAAUACACUUAGAAUGAAUUUGUAUAUAUAUCUAUGUAUAUAAAAGUAAAUAAAAAUAAUAAGAAAUAUACAUAUGUCCAUAUACAAAAUUACAUAAAUAAUUAUAUAAAUAUACACGUAGACUUCAAAUAUAUAAAUAUGCAUAUAUAUUUAAAUUCUAAGUGCAUAUUUAUGUAAUAUUUUUACAUAAUUCAGUAAUUUUAUUGAUUGCAAUUUGAGGGACCUGCCUGCCAAUCCAGGCCGAAAUUCCAGAGAAUUUAAUUUGCUAGCACUGUAUUUUACCCUGUAACGUUCUACGACACCCUAAAACCUGUACAUGGGGGGUACUGUUUUACUCGGGAGACUUCGCUGAACACAAAUAUUAGUGAUUCAAAACAGUAAAACAUAUCACAGCGAUGAUAUUGUCGGUGAAAGUUACUUUUUUUGCAUUUUUCACACACAAACAGCACUUUUACUGAUGAUAUAAUUGUUGUGAUACGUUUUCCAGUUUUUAAACACUAAUAUUUGUGUUCAGCAAAGUCUCCUGAGUAAAACAGUACCCCCCAUGUACAGGUUUUAUAGUAUUUUUGAAAGUUGCAAGGUCAAAUAUAUGGGUCAAAUAUUUUUACAUUGAAAAUGGCCAGGUUGGUUACGUUGCCUUUGAGAGCGUAUGGUAGCCCAGGAAUGAGAAUUACCCCAUGAUGGCAUACCAUUUGCAAAAGAAGACAACCCAAGGUAUUGCAAAUGGGGUAUGUCCAGUCUUUUUAGUAACCACUUGGUCACAAACACUGGCCAAAAUUAGCGUUCAAUUUAGUUUUUUUACUUUUUUCACACACAAACAAAUAUGAAUGCUUACUUUGGCCAGUGUUUUCGACUAAGUGGCUACUAAAAAAGACUGGACAUACCCCAUAUUGAAUACCCUAGGUUGUCUACUUUAAAAAAAAUAUGUACAUGUGGGGUGUUAUUCAGAGAUUUAUGACAGAUAAUAGUGUUACAAUGUCACUAUUGAUAAAUUUAAAAAAUUUAUGUUUUGAAACUGCAAUAUUCUACUUGUACCUAUAGCCCUAUAACAUGCAAAAAAAAGCAAAAAAGCAUGUAAACACGGGGUAUUUUUAAACUCAGGACAAAAUUUUGAAUCUAUUUAGCAGUUUUUUUAAUUCGCUUUUGUAGAUGAGUAAAAGAUUUUUCAAGUAAAAGUCAAAAAACAUGUAUUUUUUUUCAAUUUUUCUUCAUAUUUUUUUAUUUUUUUUAAAUUAAAAUACAUGAGAUUAUAUAAAUAAUGGUAUGUAAAGAAAGCCCCUUUUGUCCUGAAAAAAACAAUAUAUAAUUUGUAUGGGAACAGUAAACGAGAGAGCGGAAAAUUCCAGCCAAACACAAACACCACAAAAGUGUAAAAAUAUGCCUGGUCGCAAAUGUACAACAUCGCAAAAACAGUCCAGUCCUUAAGGGGUUAAAAUAAAAUAAGUGUGUAUAUAUAUGUGUGUGUGUGUGUGUAUAUAUAUAUAUAUAUAUAUAUAUAUAUAUAUAUAUAUAUAUAUCUCUAUCGUCAUAAGUAAUGUAUUUUAAUGCUAAUAUAAUUACAUAUAUUAGUAUUAAAAUACACUUAGAAUGAAGUUGCAUAGAUAUAAUAUAUAUUUUUAUAUAUAAGUAUAAUUACAAUAAUAAAUGAAAUAUUUUAAAAAAUUUAAUAAAUUAUAUAUACAUACGUAAUUUCAUUCUAACUGUAUUUUGUUAUUUAUAUUAUAAAUAUAUAUAUAUAUAUAUAAUAUAUAUUUUUUAACAAAAUACACUUAGAAUGACAUUCUCUCUCUCUUUUAAUUAAUUAAAAUUUGAUUGACUUGCCUGACAACCCAGGCAGAAAGUGCCGGGAAUUUCCAGUUUUGGUAGCCCAGGAAUGAGAAUUACCCCCAUGAUGGCAUACCAUUUGCAAAAGAAGACAACCCAAGGUAUUGCAAAUGGGGUAUGUCCAGUCUUUUUUAGUAACCACUUGGUCACAAACACUGGCCAAAAUUAGCGUUCAAUUUAGUUUUUUUACUUUUUUCACACACAAACAAAUAUGAAUGCUUACUUUGGCCAGUGUUUUCGACUAAGUGGCUACUAAAAAAGACUGGACAUACCCCAUAUUGAAUACCCUGGGUUGUCUACUUUAAAAAAAAUAUGUACAUGUGGGGUGUUAUUCAGAGAUUUAUGACAGAUAAUAGUGUUACAAUGUCACUAUUGAUAAAUUUAAAAAAUUUAUGUUUUGAAACCGCAAUAUUCUACUUGUACCUAUUCGCAAGACCUCUAUUUAACCCUGUAACUUUCCAAGACACCAUAAAACCUGUACAUGAGGGGUACUGUUUUACUCGGGAGACUUUGCUGAACACAAAUAUUAGUAAUUCAGAAUGAUAAAUUGUAUUACAACAAUGUUAUUUUCAGUAAAAAGUGAAGUUUUAUGCAUUUUUCACACACAAACUGCGCUUUUACUGACGAUAUUAUUGUUGUAAUAUGUUUUACUGUUUUGACUUAUGUUUGUGUUCAGUGAAGUCUCCCAAGUAUUACAGUUCCCCCCCUGACACAGGUUGUAUGGUGUUUUGGAAAGUUAGAGAGUCAAAUAUAAGGCUUGCAUUUCAUUUUUUUCACAUUAAAAUUUGCCAGUUUGGUAAUGUUGCAUUUGAGACUGUAUGGUAGCCCAGGAAUGAGAAUUACCCCCAUGAAGGCAUACCAUUUGCAAAAACUAUAUAUACAAAUUUUUUUUAAUUGUUGUUGUUAUUAUUAUUAUUGGCAUUUAUAUCGCGCCAACAAAUUCCAUAGUGCUUUACAAUAUUAUAGGAGGGGGAGAUUUAACAAUAAAUGAAACAAUUACAAAAACUGACAGGAUGAUGAGGACCCUGCUCAAAGGAGCUUAUAAUCUAGAGGAGGUGGGGUAUAAAACACAAUAGGACAGGAGAUGGCAAUCAAACAAGGUGGGAGUGAGGCAAAGCUGGAGGAAAGAGUAGAGUGCUGCCUUUAGGAGAGAGCAAGGUACAGGUAUGUGAGGUAGAGGUGACUCUGGGAGGCCAUAAGCUUUCCUGAGUAGGUGUGUUUUAAGUAAAAUCUAGUAAAAUGUUAAUUUUAUUCCAGUCUGCUGGUACUGGCAUCAUCAGAAGUGUUGAUCAAAGCCUUUUGCUUUACCACAGGAAAACAUUGGAUUGGCUAAGAUUGCCAAGGAUGCAGAGCCAGCACAAGCCAAAUACAGCCCUUGGAAAUCAGCAUCUCCUCAUAGAGAUGCAUUGAAUCAAUCCAUCUCUAUGAGGAAAGUUUAGUGUCUCCAUACAGAGGGUGGAGACACUGAAUUUCACUGCUGCACAAUGUGCAGCACAGCCCCAGGAAUCGCCUCUAGUAGCCAUAGGAGGAAUUGCCAGUGGAGGUAUACCUAGGCUGUAAUGUAAACAUUGCAUUUUCUCUGAAAACACAGUGUGUACUUCAAAAAGCCUUAAAGGACCACUAUAGUGCCAGGAAAACAUACUCGUUUUCCUGGCACUAUAGUGCCCUGAGGGUGCCCUCACCCUCAGGGACCCCCUCCCGCCCAGCUCUGGAAGGGGGAAAGGGUUAAAAACUUACCUUUUUCCAGCGCUGGGCGGGGAGCUCUCCUCCUCCGAUCCUCCUCUUCUUCUCCCAUGCGGCUGAAUGCGCACGCGUGGCAAGAGCUGUGCGCGCAUUCAGCCGGUCGCAUAGGAAAGCAUUCACAAUGCUUUCCUAUGGACGCUUGCGUGCUCUCACUGUGAAAAUCACAGUGAGAAGCACGCAAGCGCCUCUAGCGGCUGUCAAUGAGACAGCCGCUAGAGGUUUUGGGGGAAGGCUUAACCCAUUCAUAAACAUAGCAGUUUCUCUGAAACUGCUAUGUUUAUAAAAGAAUGGGUUAAUCCUAGCUGGACCUGGCACCCAGACCACUUCAUUAAGCUGAAGUGGUCUGGGUGCCUAGAGUGGUCCUUUAAGGGAAUGAAUAUACUCACCAGAACAAAUAUAAUUAACUGUAGUUGUUCUGGUGACUAUAGUGUCCCUUUAACCCUGAGACCUCUUGCAUAUUAAUCUCACCAGGGAAAUGCAGUAUGCCUACUGCGCCCAUUUAAGUCAUAUUAAAUGUUCAUGAUCAUGGUAAAAAAAAAGUUAAUUGUAGCGUGUUAAGCAAAGGUUUGAACAAGGAGAUGGGUCUUGAAUCACACAUUUUAAUAUGUCCACUGGAGGACCUUAUUCUACCGUUCCAAUGUGAGCUUGAACCCCAAACAAUGUUUUAACUCUGUUAUAUAAAUGUGUGGAUGUAUGUUUUGUAAAUGUGUGUGUGCAUUGUAACAUGUACAGUAUAUACCAAAUUCCACACCCUUAGAUACAUUUUGCAAAGAAGGAAUAACAAAGUACUGCUUGACAGACAGAAGCAAACAUUGGGCUAUCAGAGGCUUGCCUAAAUGCUAAAGAAUACCCAUGUACACCCCCAACAAACGCGCAAUUCAUAUUUUCAUCUUGUUUUUCUGCUCUGUUCCACGGUGAAUUAUAUUAGAUGAUCACUAGCAGAGAACAAAAAUUACAUAAUUUUUGUGGUGUACUACAUUUGAAUUGAGUUAGAUUUGUAUAUAUAUGCACUCAAAGUGGAGCCUCACCUACAAGAAUUGUUGUUAUAAGGAAUAUAAGAACCCAACUGCGGAUUGCAUACCAUGAACACCUUUCUUUUUGUAUGACUCAUCUGUGGACCAUAUGUUUUUAGAAAAGCACACCGCUUUGUAAACUCUGAAAAUCUUUGAGCUAUAAAAGAGGUAUAUUUUUACACAUCUGUGUAUUUUUUUUGUGCUGAGGUUUUUAUUGUUUUUAAAUAUUUUAAUCACAUUUGAAGUUCAUCCGUGCAUGUGUAAGAUGUGUUCUAGUUUUCAAAUAUGCCUAAACAGAGAAAAUAAAAAAGAAAGAAAACUUCUAUGGACCGACAAACGCUUAAUUGUUUGCCUUGUUGUUUAUUCCCUCUCAAACAAGUCUUGAUACACUCUUCGUUUGCAUAUAAAGCUGUUUCCACCCACCAACAAGGACAUUCUAAAACUGAAAUGCUGGACAUGUUUCCUCUGCACAAGAGGUACAGUACUGGACUUCAGACAGUCAUUUUUGCCUUUCCCAGUCCAUGUAAUGGAUGAUCACAGUAGGCCUAAUGAUUAAGAUGUCCACAAAUAGAUAAAGAGAGCAACAAAAUAAAUAUCAAAAUAUAUUUCUAGUUUUAACGGUACAAGUGAGCUAAAACCUUUUGAGACCUGACUAGGAACUAAUCAUAGUGCAAGCUUUCGUAUUUAUUGUCUAGUAUAACUAAUCAAAGUUAGUUAAAGGGACACUAUAGUCACCAGAACAACUACAGCUUAAUGUAGUUGUGCUGGUGAGUACAAUAGCUCCCUUCAGACAUUUUCAUGUAAACACUGCCUUUUCAGAGAAAAGGCAGUGUUUACAUUGCCCUUAGGGACACCUCCAAUGGCACCUCCUUAGAUGACCACUGGAGGGGCUUCCUGGCUCAGGGCUGCACAGUAAGCAGCCCUGCCGUUCAGCGUCCCCAUGCUCUGCAUGGAGAUGCUGAACUUUCCUCAUAGAGAUGCAUUGAUUCAAUGCAUCUCUAUGAGGAGGUCCUGAUUGGCCAAACCAGCAUUUGGCCCCGCCCCGUGCCGAUUUUAGCCAAUCCAAUGCUUUUUUUUUAAUAUAUUUUUUAUUUAUUUCCUAAACCCUUAAAUACCUUGUAGAAUCAGCACUGCUCCAUUCUUACUUGUCCUUCAAGUCGGACAGAAAGGCAGUUUGACAGGCAGUAGGUUGGCAUAACAGGACAAGUAGCUGAAUAGGGAGGCAUUUGGAGCUGAGCUAUCUGAGUGAUAGUGUCAGCUCCCUGGCAGUGAGAUGAAGGACGCACAAGAUAAGAUGCUGGAGAUGCUUGGAAUUAUUAAGCUCGGCCUGUGGGCAGUACUUGUAACUGCUUUUUUUUUGCAUGCAGGAGCAGUACGUUGGAAUGCAGGCUCAGGUUGCCAUGCAUUUCAUUGUGUUUCUGUUGUGCUACUAUGCAUAUGCAAAAGUCAUACAGUUUUGUACCACAUUUGAAAUUAGUCUAGCUAUUUAAAGGUAGAUAGAUCUGACUGACUACAGGAUGUAUGUCAGAUCAGGAAUAUUAUGUCCAACAGUCUCCCCACAUGGUCAGAGGGUUUUUAAGGUAGGAGGCAAGUCUCUUUUACUUCAAAAAUGAUGUAGUCAGAAUGAGUUAACUAGCUAAUUCUCCUUUUUGCACUCCAUUUAUUUUCUUCGAUGUCUAGUCCUGUUUUACCAGUUAAAUGAGAAAAAAGCUCCACCUUCUCCAAAAUAGGCCACUCAGAAAACCAAACAUUUAGUUUAUUUACAAUAAACAUUUGCUUAGUUUAAAGAUGUAGCAUCACAGAAAACGUCUGCGAGGUCAGUAGUCCUGUUAGCGGGGAAAAAAGAGACGUAGAUCUCCAUCUACUUCUCUUAUCCUCUGGUGAGUGUUCACAGAGUUCAGAUGCAUUCGAUUUAGUGAGUAAAGAUUCAGACAAAGAAACGGGUUUUCUUAAAAAGUUUUUAAAAAAGUAUCACACACCAGAGGUUUUGUACAUUCAUCCAUCACCAAUAUUUUGCAGAAAGGAGAUCUUCACUGGACCUAAAAGAUGCCUAUCUCCAUGUUCCAAUGAAUGUAACAUCACAAAUUUUUUCUGAGAUUAGCGGUAAUGUCAGGUCACAUGAUAAUGCAUUUUGAAUUCAAAUUCAUUUGGACGGUCAAUAGCCCCGAGGGUUUUAGGAAGAUUCUUUUUUUAGUCGCUUGUCUAAAACAACUAGUAGUAUUCUUAAUCCCAUACCUGGAUCACUGCUUUCUAAAGGCAAACUCAAGAGAAGUGCUACAAUGAAAAUUAAACUGGUAAUCCACACUCUUCAGUCCCAGGUUUGAGCGUUUCCACCCUUAAGGUACAGUUCUCAGCAUUUUCUAAAACAGGAUUUUACCGUGAACAUUUAGAUGACAUUUUUUUAAAGCCAUCUGGCAGUUGCUCUCUCCUCAAAGUGUAUCUUUCCUUCCUGGGAUCUAUCUUUAGUACUCCCUUAUUUAUGUGAAGGUCCAUUUAAAACUCUUAAAGAUGUUCCACUAAAGUUUUUAUCAUCAAAGGCCACUUUUCUAAUUGCAAUCACUAUGGCAUAAUGAGUGACUGCAAUUCAGGCACUAUCAGCAUCAAAAAAAUACUCAAUUUUCCAUCAAGACAAAGUUAUCUGCAUUGAAAUCCUUCUUUUUGUCCUAAAGUUUUAAAGAAAGGGGACAUUGUGUGUUUUGUCAAAAUCCUCCAAGCAAUACAGACUUCACUCAUUGGAUUUUAAACGUUUGGUUCAAACUUAUCUUUACAAGUCAACUUCCUUCCGCAGAUCAGAACACCUUCUCAUCAAUUUCAGGCGUCAGUCAGGAGUAAAAGCAGCUUCCAAAAUUACUAUUGCAUAUUAGAUUAAGGAAACCAUAGAGUGUACAUAUUAAGCUUGUGAUCUUCCAAUAAAAAUCAAGGCUAAUUCAACUCGAGUCAUGGCAACAAAAGCUCACGUGUCUUGUUAAAUCCCUACGAUACUGCCGCUAUAUGUUUGGAAAACAAGAAAUUUUGUUACCUCAAAUUAUGUUUUCUGUAGUAUUAGCAGCAGUACAUGUUUUCCUCCCUGUAAAAUAGUGUUUUCUGGUUGUUAUUAUUUGUUACUACUGAGGUGUACCAAUAGAGUUUAGGAGGAGGAGGUCCUAAUAAAAAAUAUUAAAUUAUCAGAUUACCUGUCUCUAUAGAAUAAGCAUGUGGCCCAGUAAGUCGCGUGUAGAUGGAGUGUAACAGGGAGCCCCAAUUUAGUAUAGGGGGAGAACUGGGAUUUAAUAGAGGGGGAUUUUUUUUUUGUUUUGUUUUUUUAAACUGAACUUUUCAAAAUAAACCCAUGUUUCUAUGAAAACUGAAGUUUUUGGGUUUUUUUGUGGGCCACUUACACCUUGUUUAUUUGGCCUGUGCUAGCCUUUGAGUUUGACAUGCUUGCUAUACAAUAACAUCCCCUAUGGUACUGCUGCUAAUACCACUGAAAAAAUUAUUUAUGAAAAGUAAAACUUCUUGUCCUCUGAAUAUAUUACUCUGUGUAUUCUACCCCAAACAUCUUAUAUCUUAUACGUGUGUGUGUAUGGCACUGCUUUGUUUUUAUCACAAUAAAGUUAUAUUCAUGAUAUUCACAAUGCACUUUUAAUUUCAUUUGUGAAUAUCCAUAUUUGUUUAAUAUUAUUAAGUAGCCUUGUUAAAUUUAAAUCUGUAUUUUAGUGUGUGACCUGCUUCUUAAUCCUUUUUUUUGUAUUAAAGUUUCAUGACUACCCAGUUCCAUUACACAUUUAGUAAUUAUGACUAUUAGGAAUACUUAACAUUCUUUAAAAUGUCACAAUAUUAUCAUUCUUUUUUUAUGACCUAAAUCUCAUUACAUUAAAUUUAAUAUUUUGUAAACUUUUUAUAAAGGGUUAAGAACUCUGUGCUGAUAAUAACUUCUCGAUUUCCUUUACUUUUGACGGCAUUUUUUUUAUUUUAAAAUAUGUUUAUAGUAAGAUAUUCGACAUUGCUACGAAUGCUUAAUGUGAAAUUGUCAAAGUUGCUAGGUUGGUGUGUAUAUGUGUGAUAUAACUAUGAAAAAAUUGUCUAAAUAAUCAGUCCUAGGUAUAGAUUGAUAAAUUCUUUGUGUGACAAAUGAGAUUAUUAAUGGUUAAUAUAUUUAGUGUCCUCACAGCUAUUGUCAUUCACCUAAAAGUGGUGCAAUGUGAAAAUGCAAACUCUUGUCAAAUAAUUUAUAAUAACAAAUGUCAUACAUAUGAUUCAACACGUGAGCUAUAAAAUUCAAUGCCAAAACAGAUCAACCUGUUUUUCUGGAAAGAGGAUGUUUCCAUUAAAAUUACACCGUUACAGGAAGUGUGAGAAAUAUAUGCAGUUGCAAUUAUUUAUAUAGCACUGUACAAUAGGUAAAACAAGACCAACAUUUCUGAAAACACAUUUGGCAUACAGGAACAGUAUGUGAAGAGCCCAGUCCAAACAAGCUUACCUUAUAAAAGGAUAAGGAACCGCAAUACAGAGGGAUAUACCUGAACGAAACUGAGGGGUGUAUGGGAGAAGACGGCAUAUUGGAUGUGAGACAGCAGAGGAAGGUUGUCUGGGAUGGGGAUCUAUACGGGGAAUGGGGAACUUAUAAGCUCUUUGAGGGUCUUUGAAGAACUGCAGAGACGAGAGUCGAAUGUGACGAUUGUGUGUGAAAUUGCUCUGAUGUGUCAUGGAAUGGAUUCCACAAGGACUCUGCAUAUGUCCUAUGGUAUAUGGCACCAAGCCAUUAGCUGCAGAUCCAAGUUCUGCAAGUUGCUAGGUGGGGUUUCCACGAUAUGUUCCAGCAUAUCCCACUGAUCAAUUGGAUUGAGAUCUGGGAAAUUUAGAGGCCAAGAUAACACGUCACACGGUUUUUCAUGUUCCUGAAAACAUUCCUGAAUAAUGUUUGCAGUGUGGCAGGGAGCCAUUGCCAGGAAGGGGUGUACAUGGUCAGAAACAAUAUAUAGGUAGAUGAUACGUGUCAAAGUAACGUCCAUAUAAAUGUCAGCACCUAAGGUUUCCCAGAACAAUAUUGCCCAGAGCAUAACACUGCCUCAUCUGGCCUGUAUUCUUCCCAUAGUGCCUUCUGCUGCCAUCUUUUGCAUAGGUAAGCAAUGCACACGCACCUGGCCAUCCACCUGAUCUAAAACGAAACGGGAUUAAUCAGACCAGGCAACCUUCUUUCAUUGUGCCAUGGUCCAGUUCUGAUGCUCAAUUCCCUAUUAAAGGAGCUUUCGGUCAUCAUGUGCACACUCACCGGUCUGCAGCUAUGCAGCAAACUGUGAUACAUUGUGUGUUCUCACACCUUUUUAUCAUGACCAGCAUUACGUUUUUCAAGAUGUUGAGGUGCAGUAGCUCUUCUGUUUGAUUGUACCAGACAGGCUAGCCUUCGCUUCCCACACGCACCAAUAGGGUGUGGAUACCCGUGACCUGACACCAUUCAUCGGUUGUCCUUUCCUUUAGCAUAGUUGAUAGGUGGAGAUGUUUUAAUCCCAGUUGUCUAGCCAUCACUAUUUUGCCCUUGUCAAGGUCACUCUGAUCUUUUCGCUCACCCAUUCUUCCCUCUUCCAACACAUGAAAUAAAAGAAAUGUUCAUUUGCUUCCUUAUACAUUCCACAUCUUGGCUGGUUUCAUUGUAACAAUAUAACCAAUGUUAUUCACCUCACAUGUCAGUGGUUUUAAAGGGAAACUAUAGUCACCAAAACAACUUUAGCUUAAUGAAGCCAUUUUUUGUGUAUAGAUCAUGGUUCUGCAGUCUUUAGGAGUUAAAUCACUUUAUGAAUCAUAGUCACGCCUCCUUGCAAGUGACUUGCACAACCUUCCUAAACACUUCCUUUAAAGAGUCAUCUAAAGUUUAUCCUUCUUUUAUUGCAAGUUCUGUUUAAUUUAGAUUGUAUCCCCUGCUAUGUUAAUAGCUUGCUAGACCCUGCAAGAGCCUCUUGUAUGUGAUUAAAGUUAAAUUUACAGAGAAAUAGAUACAAUUGUUUAAGGUAAAUUACAUCUGACUGAAAAUGAAACCAAUUGUUUUUCAUGCUGGCUGUGUCAAUCAUAGCCAGGGGAGGUGUGGCAAGUGCUUUAUAAAUAGAAACAAAGUGAUUUAACUCCUAAAUGGCAGUGAACUGAGCAGCAAAAUCUGAGAGGCAUGAUCUAUACACUAAAACUGCUUCAUUAAGCUAAAGUUGUUUAGGUGACUAUAGUGUUCCUUUAAUGUUGUGGACAAUCAUAUUUAAGUGUGUAUAUCUAUAUGUAUGAUAUUUGAUGCAUUUGCAAAAAAAAGUUGGCUAAUACAAUGUAUAGAUAAAAUUAUAGAAGUACAUUAUUUAAAAGUUGAUCAAAGUGAAGGUCCAGUACAUUAUUGAAUUAUCUUUACACUUUAAAUUUUAAAUAUCUCUACAGCAGAAAGAUACAUCUAGUCUCACACUAAAAUCAAUGACCCAAACCAUUCCCUUACAAACACCACCAGGGUUUUAAAACACCCUGCAUCACUGCUGGUCUGUCUCUACCAGUAGCUCAAGUCAAAAUGUCUGGCUUGGAAGAAUAGAUUGUGUGGUUUACUGCUCUUCCCUUGACUCUGUGAAUAAAAUCAACAUUUAGUAACUGUCUCGUAACUAUUAAUUAUUUUUAAUUUACUAUCUUUUGGUUAAAAAGAAAAUCUACCCAUUAAAUUGGGCAGAUUUCUUGUCCAUCAUGGCAAACUAAACUGCUUAUUCCCCCUACCCCCAAAAAAAAGCUAAUUCUCCUCUGCAUCCCCUUUUUUCUUGUUCCAGGAAUGGCAAAAAAAAUCAAGGAAUAAAAAUAUUUGAACUGCAGAAGUCUGUUCCCCUUGGCGAAUCGCUAAACACCAAUUGUCAAAAUUUGGCCGAAUUGCAUUUUAUCCAAACACAAAUCUUGUAAUCUAAUAUAAUUGAGUAAAUAUUUCCUCUUUUAAGUGCAUAUCCUGGCAUAAGUUUGCUCUACAGGGGAUGAGCAUGUGUUAACUUCCCGAUAUUACUGUUUAAAAUAUAUAUUAGAUUUGUGCAUUAGAACAGUGCUAAUAGCUAGGAGCUUGUAUAGAUGCUGUAAUUGGUAGUGCUGUUGGGAGCCUUAGUUAUGACAUUAUAUGUGGGCACUCUCCAUAUAUUUGAAUAUCAGCGUACAUUAAUUUUUAAAGUGCACAUGCACUUGAGUUAAAGCUGUGUGAUUGUUACAGGAAGGAGUGCCAGGAGUUGCAAUGCUGUCGGUGUCUUCAUAAACCACAAGUUUGUUUGUUCAAGUUGCAACGUCUGUUGGGUUUUCUUUUAGCUUACAUACUGUUUGAAUAAAUAUUAUAUCAGUUUGGUUUUAUCCUGAAGAUUUUGUGGAUAUUGUCUGCCUUGCUUUUCUUUUUUUCUUUGUUUGGGUGGUCUCACGAUUAUGUACGUGAUGACGUUGCGUCUCGAGUGAGAUUGUACUGAUGCCUAUCAGCUGUAGAACUGGUUUAUAUCAUAAGAUGGGAAGGUGAGUGGUUAUGCUUUCGCUUGAGAAAGGCAUGUUUUUGAUGCCAAAACAUUGGGGAUAUUUGUGUGACACAUUUAGCUCUGGUAGUGUGUGUGUCUGUCAGUGUGUAUGUGAGUGAUUGUGUAUGUCUGGCUGUCAGUGUGUAUCUGAGUGAUUGUGUGUGUGUGUGUGUCAGUGUGUAUGUGAGUGAUUGUGUGUGUGUGUCAGUGCGUAUGUGAGUGAUUGUGUGUGUGUCAGUGUGUAUGUGAGUGAUUGUGUAUGUCUGGCUGUCAGUGUGUAUUUGAGUGAUUGUGUCUGGCUGUCAGUGUGUAUUUGAGUGAUUGUGUAUGUCUGGCUGUCAGUGUGUAUCUGAGUGAUUGUGUGUGUGUCAGUGUGUAUGUGAGUGAUUGUGUGUGUCAGUGCGUAUGUGAGUGAUUGUGUGUGUGUGUCAGUGUGUAUGUGAGUGAUUGUGUGUGUGUCAGUGUGUAUGUGAGUGAUUGUAUGUAUGUCUUGCUGUCAGUGUGUAUCUGAGUGAUUGUGUCUGGCUGUCAGUGUGUGUGUGUCUGGCUGUCAGUGUGUGUGUGUCUGGGUGUAUGUCUGGCUGUCAUUGUGUGUGUGUGUGUGUGUGUGUAUGUCUGUGUGUCUGUCACUGUGUGGCUUUCUGUCAGUGAAUGUGUUUGUUUCUGAGUGAUUGCGUCUGUGAGGGCGCCUGUGUGUCUGAGUGCAUGUGUGUGUGUCCGUGUCAUUGUGUGUAUGUCAGUGAUUGUUUGUGUCAAAUCAGUGUGUGUAUGUCAGUGGAUCUGAGAGUGUGUCAGUCAAAGUGUGUGUUAGUCGUUUAACAGGAAGAGGUGUGGCAUUAACAGGAAGGGGUGGGGCAAAUAUAAAUUGUGGGGUGCCCGAGUUCCAUCAUGCCUAGGGCAGCAGAGAUACUAAAUACAUCGGAGGAGGCAAAGCUUCAAGGGAGAUCAGCAAUGCUCUGGAUUCAAAUGAGUACAGUAAGGAUUUUUUAACCCUUACAAUGCCGGGGUGAGGCCUUGUAUUCCUUAUAUCAUACCUUAAGAUGAGAUGCUGUUGUGACUUUGCCACACAUCCAAUCUCUGCCCUCUUUUUCCUCAGCGUGGCUUUGAAAUACUAAACCUGUAAAAAGGACAGGGAUAUAUGUUCAUUGUAAAAUACUACUGUGGUUAUUUUACAUGCAAUAGUUUAUUUUAACUAAUAUUAAAAAAUGACAGGUUUACUUUAAUCUGACUACAAAUUAGGUUUAUUAAUAGAGCAAUCCGGGUUGGACAGACCUUUUACAUAAAAAUACUUAUAGGUCAAUACUAUGCUCAAGACUUUCACAUUAAGUAGCUGAGAAUUGCUGACCCAUUACAUCCUGCAUAUCACUUCCAGGGGUCACGCAGGAAGUAAGUUUAACUUGCAGGCAAUGAUCCCACUGAGCCAGAUUGGUGUCAGAUUAGAUGUCCGGAAGUAAGAGUCAUAAUGCACCAUAGAUUGACCAAGUUAUCCCUGUACUACUGGCAUUGAAUGUCAGGGUUUUUAUGUAACCGUGUUGUUUACAUUUUUUAUUUCAUUUUAAUAUUGAUAGCGCCUGACAUAUUUAAAUUAAAAUAUUUGAAAAUAGUGUUAUGUAUGGAACCCAGAACUGAUAUCAAAGAACUAUCUGCUUUUCUGUUGUGAUGUAUUGACAAAAAAAUAGUAAAAUAAUGUAAAGGUACAUAAAGUGCACCAUAACAACUUAAUUGAAAUAAAGUUGUUAUGGUACCAGAAGGUCCCGGAUGCUUUUCAUUUAUUUUUUUAUUUAUAGAGGUUAAACCCAAAGCUGGCUCUCCAGUGCCAUCCCUCGCUGUCCCCAGUGAUGACCUGUGUCUUAAAGUCCGCUAGAGAAAGCACAGAGCUCUAAGCCAGUCAGUAGCUCCCCAUUCAUAAAAAAGUGCAGUUUUCAGGAAUGGGAAGCUACUUAUUGGCCAAGAGUGUCAGAUGACCUAGUAGUGGCAGUCCGUGUUUCCUCUUGCUGAAUUUCAGACACUGUAUGUCAAUUAGGAUAGCGAGGAAUGGUGCUGGAGAGCUACCUUUAUCACUAAACCCCUUCAGGUAAAGAAGUGUCAGGACCUUCUGGCACCAUAACAACUUAAUUUCAAUAAGUUGUUAUGGUGCCCCGAGGGUUCCUUUAAUACAGUGUUCACAGAACAAGCAAUAUGGUUUACAGGGCUGUACAGCUAAUCUGGAAGAUGCUGAUGGAUUAAUACUUGGUUGUUUCUCCCAAUUUAUUUUUAUUUUUUCUAUGUUCAUACAGUAUAAUUUACAGUUACAACAUUUCAAGUGCUUACACCUCACUUAUCAAAGAAAAAUAAAACAAAGCAUUCCUUGCUGUGCCAAUUUGUUGGAACUAUUGCAUACAUGACAUAUUCUGGCCAAAAUAGAGGCAAUGAUAAACAUAUAAAUAAAUACUCUUUGUGCCUAAUAUAACGGGGGUGGGGGGUAAGGCUACAAAUAAAUCCUAGAGUAACACUGAACGCGUUUUAUGUCCAAAUAUAAACACUUUGUUAAGAUCCAAAUACACACACUUUGUCAAUAUCUUUAACUCAUGGGUUAUCAUUUAGGGUUUAUUAAUUCAACUAAGAAUUGUUGAGAACUGACUAGGAAAUAUUUGAUCGAGAGAUUAUUUCCUAUUUGGCUAGUUUGGCCUAUAUCUAGUGAAUAGAUCAAGCUGUGUGGGAAUACUGGCAUAUAUUUAUUUGGAUUAUGAAAGCAGGCAAAUGCAUGGUGUAUACGCAUGGGUUUCACUUUCCAUUACAUUUGUUAUUAUGUUUAUUUUGAAGCCACCAACAUAUUUUUUGGUGGUGUUCUGGGUAAAUGGUGGUAAAUAAAGUUUACUAAUAAUCCAGAUAAAACAAGAUAGGCAUAAGUGAAGCAGUGACAAGGGCUCGAUACAAUGAACUUAGUUUUCUCUUGCAAUAUUUCAUCUCUUUCCUAGUGGUGUUUAUGCGGUCUACACUGGGUUUCCCUGACAUUUUUUUUUCAGUAUGGUGACAGCCCAUAAAUUCCUUUCAUUUUACUUGUGCACUGAUGCCUUUAGUUAUGCUUCACUUCCCUCCUUUAUUUCAAUUGUCCUGUUUUGAUUACUUUUUGUAGUGGAAACUAAGUGGACAAGCAAAGAUAUAGAACAAUUGUUAUUAUUAACAAACAAAUUCCGCAGCGCUUUACAGUGGGUGAACAAACAAACAUGUAGUUGUAACCAGACAAGUUGGACACACAGGAACAGAUGGGUUGACAGCCCUGCUCAAUGAGCUUACAUGCUAGAGGGAGUGGGGUAAAGUGACACAAAAGGGAAGGAUGGUAUUAGACUAAUGACAGUUGCAAGAGACUAAUCAGUCGGGAGCUAUUAAGUUUAAUUGAUACGCUUUUAUGAAGUGGGUUUGUAAUGAUUUUUUGAAGGAGUGGAGAUUGGGUGAGCAUCUAACGGAGGAGGGAAGUGAGUUCCACAGGAACGGUGUAGCCCUCGUGAAGUCUUGAAGGCGAGCAUCAGAGGUGGGAGUAUGAACAGAAGAUAGACGUAAGUCUUCAGCAGAACGUAAGGGCCUAGACGAGACAUACUUGUGUAUUAGGGAGGAUAGAUGGAUUGGAGUAUCAUUAUGUAGAGAUUUGAAAGCAAGAACCAGAAUUUUAAAUUGAGCCCUAUAUCUUACAGGAAGCCAAUGUAGAGACUGACAGAAGGGUGAGGUGUUGGAUGUGCGGGCGGACAGGAAGAUUGAGCCUCGCCGCUGCUUUCAUUAUGGACUGUAACAGCGCAAGUUGAGAGAAUGUAAGACCACUGAGAUGCAGAUUACAGUAGUCAAGGCGAGAAAGGACAGUGGAAUGGACCAGCAGCUUAGUCGCAUCUGUCGUUAAGUAGGGUCGGAUGCGCGCAAUGUUUUUAAGAUGGAAGCAACAGGAUUUGGCGAUAGACUGAACAUGAGUCGUGAAGGAGAGGUUGGAGUCAAUGAGAACACCUAGGCAGCAAGCCUGUGUUGUAGGGCUGAUGGUAGCACCGUUGACUUGGAGGGAGACAGACACAGGAGUAGCAACACUUGAGGGAGGAAAGACCAGAAUUUUAGUUUUGGUCAAGUUGAGUUUAAGGAAGUGGGCAGCCAUCCAGUUAGAAACAGCAGAGAGGCGGUCAGAUACACUAGUCAAUAGGGACGGGGAGAGAUCCUUGUCAUCUGCAUAGAAAUUAUAUUGCAAUCCAGAAAUUAGUUUACCAAGGGAGGCAGUAUAGAUAGAGUACAGACCAAAGACUGAACCUUGGGGGACACCAACAGAGAGGAGUUGGGGAGAAGAAGCAGAGCCAGAGAAAGAAACACUAAAAGAGCGGUACAAGGAGGACCAGGAGAGAGCAAUAUCUUGUAGACCAAUAUUGCGGAGGAUGAGAAAAAGCUUUUGAUGAGCAACAGUGUCAAAUGCCGCAGAAAGGUCAAGGAGAAUUAGGAUAGAGUAGUGACCACGAGAUUUUGAAGUGAGUAGAUCAUUGGAUACUUUGGUCAGUGCCAUUUCCACAGAGUGCUUAGCGCGGAAACCAGACUGAAGUGGGUCUAGCAGAGAGUUGGACCCGAGGAAGUCUGUCAAUCUCGCAUACACAACUCUUUCAAGGAUCUUAGAUGCAAAAGGCAGUAGCGAGAUAGGACGGUAGUUGGACAGGGAGUUAGGGCCAAGGUUGGACUUAUUUAGAAUUGGGGUUACAGUUGCAUGUUUGAAGGGCAAUGGAAAUAUGCCAGAGGAGAGAGAGAGAAUGAGAGAGUACGGAUGAGAUGCAAGGGAAUUGGAUCUAGGGAGCAGGUGGUGGGGCGGGAGGACUGGAGCAGAGUAGAAACAUCUUCCGCUGUAGCGGGUGCGGAUUAAUAUAAAACAGCAGAGGGAGUGAGGUUAGGGGAAGUAUUGUAAGGGGAAGAAGAAAGAUGAGAGAUCCCUUCCCUGAUUGUAGAGAUCUUGUCAGUGAAGUUGUAAAGUCUGAGGCGGUCAAGUUAGUAGCUGGAGAAGGAACAAUAGGGCAAUGAAGAGAGUUACAUUUGUGAAAUAGUUGUUUGGGUUCGCAGGAGAGUGUGGUUAUAAGGGUAUUGAAGUAAUUUACCUUUGCAGAGGAAAGAGCCAAGUUGUAUGUGUGCAGCAUAAAUUUAUAGUGGAGAAAGUCAGACUCACAGUGAGACUUUCUCCAACAGCGUUCAGCAGUUCUGGAGCAUUUUUGGAGGUAUCGUGUCAUCUUGGUGCGCCAAGGUUGGUGUUGGGGGCGCUUGCUGCGUUUAAAUGUAGGAGGCGCCAUGAUGUCUAGUUUGAGAGGAGAGGGUGGAAUUGUAGAAGGAGGUUGCAGAGCUAAGACAGGUGAGGUUUCAGAUGGGUAAAAGAAGAAUUUGGAGAUUAGUGGAGAAAUGCUCUAGGUCAAGACAUUGGAGGUUUCUGUGAGAUUGAUGUUCAGGCGGUGGUGUCAAUUGGGUCUUAGAUAUGCUGAUGUCAAAAGUCAGCAGAUUGUGGUCAGAAUAUUGGAGAGAAUAGAGACUGCACAGAGAUUGGUGAAGGCGAGAUCAAGAGUGUUUCCUGCUGUAUGGGUUGCUAAAUUGGUCCAUUGCGUAAGGCCAAAAGAGGAGGUUUCAGAGAGCAGACGAGAAGCAUCAGUGCAAUUGGGGUUGUUGAUUGGGAUAGUGAAAUCCCCAAGUAUAAUGGAAGGAGUGCUAGAUGAGAGGAAGUGGGGAAGCCAGGAAGAAAAGUGCUCAAUGAAUUGUCUAGGAUGACCGGAAGGGCAGUAGAUGAUAGCAGUUCUUAAAGGAGUGGGUUUAAAUAGGUGGACAGUGUGAACUUCAAAAGAAGAAAAGGAUAGGGCAGGGGGAGUUAUGAUUGGUUGAAAUGUACAUUGAGGGGGACAGCCAGGUCUCAGUAAGUGCAAGUAGUGAGUUUGAGAUGAAAAAGUUGUGUAUGGCUGUUGAUGUUAAAUUACUGCAGAUGGAGCGAGUGUUCCAGAGUGCAUACUGAAUGUUGGUAAGUGAUGGUAAAGAGCAGGGUAUUGUGAUGAGGUUUGUGGGGUUACUGGUUUUUAGUGUGUGUAGAGAAGGUGAAGGGCCCUGGGAGAGACAUCACCAGCUGCUGGAAGCAGGAGGAGAGAAUGAAUGCUCUGAUGGUUGUUUUACUUUAAGUUAGUACAGACCUGUAUUUACUAGUCUUCUCCAUUGACUUUCACCAUAUGCAAAGAAGUGAAUUAAUCAAACUUGCAAAAAAAUGUUUAGCCUAGAUGUAAAAAUCAAUAAAAAUCUAUCUUUAAUUCAAUGCUGGGAGAGUCUGUUCUCUUCAGCCAGUCCAUUGUCGGUGAAGACAUCAGUUCUAAAGACUGCUGUUGAAUCCAGUGCUUCUCAGAAAAAAGUAUUGGUGGGAUAGGGUACAUGCAUGGUAUUUCAUACUCCAUUUAAUAUUUCUUAUAGUGAAGUAUUGACGCUAAUGUUUCUGUUGGAGAACCAUUGGAUGCUGUCCAUCACGCUGCCCUUAAAAAGGAAAUUACCUCUCGUGGUAGUCAGUUUGACAAGCACUAUAGGUGUGAUUUAGGCAACAUAUAAGCAUUGCUACAUCUCCUGUGUAAAAACACCAGGGAUGUGGGUCUGCCACAUCAGAGAUCAUCACUGAGACAGGGUCAUAUUAUAUAUUUCCCCCAGCUUGUCUCUGUGUGCACACACAUCUGCCAACACCUACUCCUUCCAGGCAGCGACCUCUUUGCUACCUGCCUGGGAAAAGAUGGAUGGGCAAGCUCUUUUCCUGUCGGCCUGCUCCCUGGCAUUGAUUGACCCCGUUGCCUGUCAUGCGUCCAACUACUGCUUUAGGGGCUAUCAGGCCUGGUUCUUUCAUGAUACGUCCUCGGGACCAAAGAAUAGUGCAGCCAGCAUGCAGGUCUGAAGGUAUGCACUAUUCCCAAUAGAACUUCUGUAAAAUACUUUAUUUUGAACAAAGACUAGCCUUUUUUUGACUUGUCCUUAAACAUGUAGUGAAAACCAUUUAAAAUACAAAUAUACAAAAUAUUGGAGAACAAGCAGUUAUAAUUAAUACAUGAAAUAUAUAAUGCAAGUAAUUUUUAAAAACACAAUAAAAAGCAGUAAUAUAUACAUUUAACUACAUUUAACCACACAUUAGAUCUUUUUUUUUUCUUUUUUAAACUGAACCCCUCUUCUGCAUACUUUUUCUGCAGUGAGAAAGGCUCUGUCAGGAUAAACUAAUGCCCAACACGCAGAACUUAAGUAUAAAAUAAAGAAAACCCUAAGACGUAUUACCGGGCCUUAGAAUGACCGAAUUUAACGUAUAAAAGGAAAAACCACAAGACAGGCUGUGGACAAAGAACACAGAAAUCACGGAAAAUAUUAACAAGCAAAAGAUCGAGGAUUAUAGAAGCCAGAAUAUUAAGGAGCCAAGCCAAAGGUUAAGGAAUACAGAGAUCAUAUAGUCAGUAGGAAAGUCAAGGUCAAAAUACACAAGAAUCCGUACCAGAAACCUGCUCCAUCGCGCAGAGCGUCCAUAGGAAAGCAUUGAGAAAUGCAGAGGGAACUGACGUCGGUGGGGGGAAGAGAGGUCACCAGCGCCGAGGGAGCCCGGUGCUGAAAUAAGGUAAGCUGCUGAAGGGGUUUUAACCCCUUUAGCGCCACUAUAGGGCACUAUAGUGUCAGGAAAACCACUUUGUUUUCCUGCCACUAUAGUGAUCCUUUCACUUCAAACACCAAAACCUGACCGAAUUUCAAUUUGCUCCUCUGGUGUCCACAAUCUGUAGUGCUCCGGUCACUCAGGGAGUUCCAGGACCACCUCCUGCAGUUGUCAGUCGUGAAGCCUAUUGCCCGCUCAUGUGGGCUUUUUACAACAAUCAAUCCUGGGUAUAUCUUCCCCUUAUAAAAGUACUCCUUCUAUUGUGAAAUCUCUAAUGGAUCUUCCUGAUUGGUUCAUUUUCAAGUCCCUUUAGAGGAGCAUCUAGUAUAAAGAUCCAUUUGGUUAAAAGUUAUUUUAGCGGGUUAAGGAAAAAUAGGAAUGCAUUUAAUGAAAAUAGGUUGUUUUUUUUGUCAGUGUGAGAAUUGCCUGGCAUGCAGGGGAACAGAGACAAUUAAAUAAAAAUGUAAAAUAAUUUGACAGCAAACAAAUGGAUAAGGUAUAUCAAAUAAAACAAUUGAUCAUGGAUACAAAUAGAAAUUUGGUCUUGUUUCGGCAUUUGAAGUGAAUUGUGAUUAUUUUGAUGCACUUUAUUUGGACAUUUUAAAUGGCUGCAGAAGAACAAAAAAUGAUGUGCACUUUCACCUAUAGCACUUUCAAUUGAAUAUUUUAAGCACCCUAGUACUUUUCUUUUCUUUUUUUUUUCUCUUGUAUAGGUGUUGUUUAGAACUGUAAUUUCCAAACAUUUUUUGUUAUAUUCUGUCCCAGUUUGGGCACAAUUUAAGUCACAAUUUGCGAAUUUCAGUUUCUUGUUCCUUCAAUUUAACUUGAAAAGGGGAGUAAAUCUCAAUUAAACAAAUUGAAUUCCUCUGUAUGCUGAUAGUUGCAUUUUCUACUGCAAAUUCAAUACUUGGUGAAUAGCUUAAAUUGUAUAGCAUUUUUUUGCCAUUGGGGCUUUGCUUCCUUAAAUUUCUUUCUACAUAAUUGUGUAAGUCAAGGAUAAAUUGUUUGGCAUAGUAAAUAUAUCAACUCUAAUAAAAAAAAUAAUUUUAGAGACCAAAAGAUUACAGGGUGACUGUUAGCGACGUGUCACUAGCAACUAAUUGGUAUUAAUAUUUAAAUUGUCAGCUAAUAAAGACAUCCCAAAUUUACAGUUUAGUUUUCAAGAUAAUUCACCCUAAGUCUUGGAGAACCAUGAGUUAAAUGUUCUUUCAAUUUUUUUCUUCACUUUUGGAUGCUUACUACUAAUAAAAAUGGAUAUAGUUAUAUAUUCACAUAUGUGUUUUGUGUGUGUAAAAUAUAUAAUUAUUAUUUUAUGUGUAUAUGCGUAUUUUGUUUUUUCAUACCAUUGGUUAGACUGAUAUUUUACGUUUUCCUCCUCAGACAGACAUUCUCAUGUUACUUUCAAGAUUGGGGAAGUGUUUUUAAAUGGUUUUAUUAAGUAGAACAGAUGUUUGGUUAAUUAUAUAUAAGACAUUUAGUUGGGUUUGGCACACACUGUGUGUCUGGUGUCAUCAGACUGCUUCUCUAGAACAGCUGCCUGUCACAGAUGAGGGAGUGAUAAUUCCUGUGGACCAAGUUACCUUCCAAGAGGAUUUCACAGCAUAUAACAAAUAACAAAUUAGAACAAGGGGUCACAUCAGCUCUUUUAGAAUCUCAUCCUGUGCCUAGAGGAUAUCCGUAGAAGAAGCAACUUCAUGUUGAUUGACAUUAAAGCAAAGCAGUUUUCCCUUGAUAAAUUGGUUAGAUGAGGGGCUUGUUGUAAGUAGACUAUUAUAUUGUAAACUCUUUUGAGCAGGGUCCUCAUCAACCUAUUGUUCAUGUAACAAUUUGUAAUUGGCUCAUUUAUUGUUAAUUUUCACCUUUAUAAUAUUGUAAAGCGCUGUGGAAUACGCUGGUGAUAUUUAAAUGCUAAUAAUAAUUGUUAGGGCUGGAUAUAUUUCUAUUUCUAAAUCUCAUAAGUGGACCAAUAAAGUAGCUGUAUUUAUCAGGACUGCGAAAAUAUUCCCCAGAAUCUAAGAGAAAUUGUGAGCACUUGGAAAUUAAAAUACAAUUUGGGAUUUUAUCCCAACUCCGCUGUGUUACCCUAUAAGUCCUCAUUAUCUUCAAGUUUAGUGGAUAAUCCUCAAAAUAAGUGAAGAAUUUUCAGAAUUUCCCAGGCAUUUCAUGUGGCCAAAGUUAAUAUGUAGGCAAAUAUUGUUAUAUUGUACGCACAACAUAAGAAUAUAGCUACAUGCUGCUUUUUAUAAUCUCCCUUCCAUUCGAAUAUCAGACACUGUACCAGCCAAUGAGUCACUAGCUGUUUCUUAUUUUUACUAAUGAGACUUUGUAGUGUGUAAACUCAUCUGAGCAGGACCUUCUUAGAAUCCCCUUUCUAUAAAUGUAAACCAAAAAGAGAGAUGGAGUGGAACAGCGCUGCAAAACUGAACACAAUAGUGAAAGAGGCUGCACACCUGAAGGUAAGGGUAACCUUCAAAAAACUGGAGAGACAGAACAACGGAUAUGGGGUGCGCCAAAUAGAACAGAUAAACUAGAUAUUAAAAAAUGCGUUUUGCCAUAAUAAGGCUUUCAAGUGUAAUAAAAACAAUAACCUGGCAGAAUACAUUUAUAUGGUAUCUAAAUAACAGAAAUUUGAAUUUUGGUGCCACAAUUACGUAAUAUAUUACAUAUAAGAUACUGAUACAGAUUUAUGAAUAAUGCUAGCUUUGUUUUUUUUUCCAAAUAUGACAAGGACCUUUCAGAAGAAAAGGAGUUAUUUGUGUCUUUGACUGUUAAAAAUAGAGGAUUUGGGGCAGUAUUCCGCGAGAUCGCGGCAGCCGCAUAUGGCUGAAUGUGUUUACAGCGACUUAUUGUAAAAGGGAAAUUGGGAAGAUUUAGGGAGAAACAAAAUGGAAUGGCUUUUUAAUUUAAAAACACUAGUACUAGAGGGCUUAAAUGCAGACUUUGAUCUCUUUAAUUUUUUAUAGAUACAUUAAGUAAUUUUUAAAUAUAUUUUUCUAUAAAGUAUUUUUUCAUAUUUCUAUAAUUAAAUUCAGCUGCAUGCGGCUGCCGUGAUCUGGAAGAAUACCGCCAAAAUCCUUUAUUUUUAACAGUCAAAGACACAACUCCUUAUAUUCUUCUGAAAGGCCCUUGUCAUAUUUGGAAUAAAAAAUUUGCAUUAUUCAUAAAUCUGUAUCAAUAUCUUAUAUGUACUGUAUUACACAAAGUCAUGUGAUUAUGGUUACAUGACAAUGUAAUUUUGGCGCCAGAAUUCAAAUUUCUGUUAUUUAGAUAUCAUAUAAAUGUAUGCUGCCAGGUUAUUGUUUUUAUUACACUUGAAAAAGCCUUAUUGGGGCGAAACACGUUUUUUAUAUUUUGUUUAAUAAAACCUAUUGUUUUGACUACCUAUAUACCUGGGUCAGUUUUUACACUUUUAUUUCAUAUUUUUAAUAUCUACUUUAACCUGGCAUACUCUAUCUGAAGCACCAGAACCAUCACCCAAAGAAUCGUAGGUGGGGAUUAUUCCACCCGCGCUUGUCACAUAGAGCGGUUUUGCCUGCUCUAAAAAUUGUAACUACAUCUUAUUAAAUUCUGUACUUGCAUAUGGAGUGGGCAUUCUCUUUUGCUUUUAUUACAUAUGACCUGCACUGCACCUACCAUCAGAGGAAUAUCUUACAUGUGGGGAGCUUAAAUGCCUCUGGUUUACCUGGUGCUGGUUAUAGCUCUUUUAAACGUGGGUUGGCACUUUUUAACUUCAGUGUUGUCGGAAGCCAAACUUAUCUACGUCAUUGCACCAUUGGUCUCCUCUGCUUUUGUCCUUUUAAUAUGCUGUUGAUGAUUUGACCCAAGUCGUCACAUGAAUACCUGAAGAAAAUUGAAACCUAUAGACUUUAAUUGCUUGCUUUUGGUACCUUCCUACAUUUUUAAAUAUAUAGUUUAUUUAUCUGUUCUAUUUGGCGCACCCUGUAUCCAUAUAUUAAUGUAAAGCGCUGCAGAAUAUGUUGGCUCAUAUUGAUGAUGAUAAAAAUAAAGAAAACUUAAUCAGUUGUUGCAUGUAAACAACAUGGCCCACUACUCUCUCAAUCCAGUUGGGCUUGUUGAACAUUAAACUAGUCUCAGCAGCAUUCUAAAUCCAUGCUGACAGCACAAAUGGGUGCUGCAUUAUUGCAAUUCUUCCCUGGAGAGAGUGCAGUGCUUGUGUCUGCUCUCUGUCUCAACCACAGUCUCAUGGCUAAGGUCAGCAGAUCACAUCUAAUGUAUGGUUCUUGGGUUUCAGGGUUUUUUUACACCACAAGACCAACUGUUUCACUCAUUAACAAAUGAGAACUUGUGAUCGCUUGAAAAUAUACUGCUGCCGACUGUAUAAUGGGCCUGGUGAUCUUUUAGGAUUACGGUUCAAGUACUGUAGAUUGUCAGCAUUCUUCUCCACCAGUCGUUCUGACAAGAGACUUUGUAUAACACUAGACAUCCAACUAAGCUUAAAAUAUGUAACAUCUAAUGAUUACACCAAAAAUACACUUCUGCCUUUUUGUCUAAUACUUGUAGUAUUUAAACUUAUGAGUAAGUUUGUGUUUAGAGUUUUACUUAAUUAACUGUUUUUUUAUUUCUUUUCUUACAUAUGACUGUGUUUUUUUGGCCUUAUUUGUUAUCCAAUGGCUUUUAUGUUUUAAUUAAUCUCCUCUCCUAAAGGAAGACUAUGGAGACAAUGCAUAUAACUUGAAAACUGUCUGUACUAGCCAUACAAAAUUGAUCUAGGCACCUAGUUCAAUAAAGUUUUUGCACAGUAUUUAAAACUGGACCAAUCACAAUGAAAAUUAAAAUGAAUGUUCAUGAUUUAUCAACAUUUAGAUCUGAGGUCUACAGCGGAGGUGCCCAAAAGGUAUAUCCCAAGAUUUUCUAGAACUGCAACAUAAAUGAUGCUUUGCCAUUCUAAAGGCCGGGAGUUGUUCUGCAACAUCAGGGGAUCUACCUUCUUUUUGACAUCUUUCGUUACAGCGAGAGUUUGCAAGUGUUUAUUGUAGUACAGUGGAGACUUUGCUGUUUUCUUGGUGGUUAAUAGCAAGAUCAUUCAACUCAAAACAAUGUAUAUAUGUUUUACUGCAGGCUAAAAAAACUAUGCAUAAAUAUUUUCCAAAAUCCCUAAUAGUCAUGUUAGAAAGUUUAGCACUGGAAUAAAAAAAAAAAAAAAUACCCAUUCCAAUUAGGCAAAUAAGUUGAACCAUGCAAAAAAGAUUCUUGUCUCUUAUGAUAAGCAAUUAUGAAAAUAAUUUUCUAGUGGCCUUAAGCAUUGCUCUUUUGAAAUUCACACACAAUUGACCCAUUUUGUUUUGUGCUAAAGAGAAUUUAUGCUAGUCGCCAGAAAAUAUUCAUGACGCACUGAAAUGACUUGUCAUUGUAUCACACUGAAAUUAGUUCCAUGAAAUCAGUUGCAGGCCAAAAGGGUCCUUUUUAUGAGGUCUCUUGGAAUCCCGCCAUAAUGUCCCUGAUUGAUGGGUUAACCGUCUGUGUUAGAAGGAGAGACAGAGUCACAUUUCAAGAGCUCAGACGUCAUAUCCCUUUCCCCACCGGAGCUGUCCACCUCAUAUUACAAACCAAGCAAAGACUCAAAGAAAACAUAUCAGCAAACUUCUGCUCUCCCAUGAAACUGUUUCACCUAGCAGAACACUUUUAACUAGCUAGGUAUUAAAGUAUGCAGAGGGAAAGGAAUUCACCUCUGCUUUCUCUUUCCAAUUUUUAGGCUAGGUGUUUGUGGAAGAAUCCUAGCUGGAGAAGAAAGCCAGAAUAAUUUUCUACUGCAGAUCUCUAGACUGUUCAUAAGCAGAUUCCUGCACCUUCACUGA